AUGGGCGCUGAUGGUGGGCAGGUAACAUGCUUCCAAACCGCCUUCACGAGCCAGUCAACUUGUCAUCCUGACGAUGUCCAGUGUGUAUGCACCGAUGAGCCACUCAAUGCAGCUAUGGAGGCGUGCGUGCUCUCAGCAUGCACGGUCAAGGAGGGCCUGAAUGCCGUGAACGCCACCCUUACCAGCAGCCGUCAUUGUAUGAAUUUCGCUCGCGCUCUUGCAAGGCAGCUUGGUUUAGACGAUAUAUUCUGUAUCGCUGCCGAGACUGCUUGCCUACCUGUCACCAUCAAGCAAAGCGUGACCCCAGGCCUCGGCUUUGGGAAGGAUACUUGGACAGUUCCAGCCGACAACAUCUACAUGAUCCAAAAGUUGGUCUAUGCUUCCGAAGUCUCGUACUUCUCCUGCUCCGGUUUCACCAAACUCUGUUUCCUCUUCUUCUUUCUUCGUGUAUUUCCUGGAGAGCAUAUCCAGAAGGCCAUAUACGCCGUCAUUGCUAUCUCUGUGGCCUAUACCGUCGGCUUCGGGACUACCAUGAUCUUCGCCUGCAGGCCCAUUUCUGCUGUGUGGACAUGGUUCAACAUCGCCAUCGACCUCGCGAUUGUUGCGAUUCCGAUCCCCAAUUUGCUGAGGCUGAAGCUCGGUCUGCGCAGGAAGCUUUUCCUCGUAGCGAUAUUCAGCGUUGGCGCCAUCACCAUCGUCGUCUCGUGCAUUCGUCUUGGUGCACUCGCUACGUAUGCGACUUCGACCAAUCCUCUCUACGACAACUUGAUGGCCGGUGUCUAUUCCGUCCUAGAGCUCAAUAUCGGACUCAUGUGUGUCUAUAUGCCUGCGCUCCGGCGCUUCCUUGCUCAGUUGACCCCCAGAUGCUUCGCCACCACGCGAGAUGAUUGCCUGUUCUGCACGACGAUUAUAAUGACUGUCGAUACCCAGGCGGAGUUUGUGGUGAAGCAAGACGAUGCGGUUGAAUUAGUGGAAUUGCAAAAGUUUGGGAAGAGUGUCGCUGGGAGUAUGGAGGGCAGCAAUAGCCGCAGCGUCGAUACCGAGAACAGUGUCGACGCGGAGUCAGGGUGCCAGCAGGUGUGA